AUGAAGCAUGUACAGAUAUUACUUGUGGUGAUAGUAGUAUUAGUAACUGCUCUAUUCUUUUAUUCGAAAUACACAUUUGAUGAUGUGGGGGUUACCUAUAGCCCUGAUUUCCAUCAAGCAGUUCAUGAAAUACACCCAGUUGUAAAGACCAAUGUCCCGAAAAUUCAAUUUUUAAAAGAUCCAACGUUAUUCCACCCUGGGCCCCGCGCAAAAUAUCCUCCGCGUCAAAACAUGGGUGAGUGUCCUCCACUUUAUGGUCGAGUACUCAUCUUUGUUGCAUUUGUUAAAAGCAGUAUGGAAACACAUUACAAAGUCGCACAAGAAUCUUUACAAUGCUAUUUGAAAGGAACCAACUAUACAGUUGCCAUGGUGGAUCUUGAUAAUGACGAACGUGUGAAAGCGGAAUGCGGUAAAAACAAACAGUUGUUUUUCAAAAAACACUGUGCCGCGGCUGCCUACCUACGAGAUGCCGACUGGAUGCUUGUUUUGGACGCGGACACAGGAAUUGCUAAUCCAAAUCAUUGCGUCGAAGAAUGGAUUGAUAAUCGCGUUGAUAUAAUUUUCUACGAGCGUUUCUUCAAUUGGGAAAUCGCCAGCGGAAAUUACAUUGUUCGAAAUACUAUGUUUGCCAAAAACUUCCUCCAGAAAUGGGGUGACUGGGAGUUCACACAACCGUCUAACUGGAAUGGAGCAGAUAAUGGUGUUCUUCAGAUUCACAUCUUAAAAACAGUCAUACCCUAUGCCACCCAAGAGAUCAAAAAUUGCGACAAGUACUGGCACAAUUCGACCGGUUAUGACACAUAUAUGGCAUACGUCACUUGUUGCAAGUUGGCUCUCGGUGCGACACGGUUAUGGCCGGGUAAAGUGCGGAUUUAUCGACGUGCUCAUGGAUGGGUUCGUGAUGGUUUUUUGACGACGGAUAGGUUUUGUGACCGAGAUUUUAUGUUCCAUGGAUGGAAGAAUAAUGAAGUUGGAGCAAAGGGCUGGGAGAGUCCGUUCCCGAAGAACAUAAACGUGACCCUUUGUGGAAGUGGAAUGGACGGUUGGGUGUAUCGCCCUUUCAAAAACACAACAUGUGACAGAAUCCGUGAAACUCUCGGAAAUUUUGAACGGAGUAGUGGAAGAAGCUACCCGAAGGAAGGUCGUGUCAUACCCCAUCUUGCUGAACCAGAUGUUGGAGAAUGCUUCCCAACUUGUGACGAUGACAUUUAA